CAUUUGAACAUCAAAGAUUAAGAAACAAGAAUGUGCAAACUACACAUAUUGAUGAUACCAUAUCCAGUACAAGGCCAUGUUAUUCCCUUAAUGCAGCUAGCUCAAUCCUUAGCCAAAUAUGGCUUCAAGAUCACUUUUGUCAACACAGAGUCCACACACAAGAGUAUUCUAACUUCUUUAUCAGGAAAAAAUAGUUUGCAUGAUCAGAUUCAUCUGAUUUCAGUUUUAGAUGAAUCAGAAUCAGGGGAAGAUAAGAAUGUGCCUGGUAAAUUAUCUGAAGCAAUCUUUAAAAUCAUGCCUGGAAAAAUUGAGAAGUUGAUUCAACAAACUAAUGAAUCAGAAGACGAAAGGAUCACUUGUAUUAUUGCUGAUCAGAGCCUUGGAUGGGCUCUGGAACUUGCAGACAAAAUGGGAAUCAAGAGAGCAGCCUUCAUAACUGCUGCAGCUGCUAAUUUGAUACUUGGAUUUAACAUUCCAAAGUUGAUUGAUGAUGGCUUAAUUGACAAUGAUGGGACUCCAACAAUAAAAGAUCAUACUUUUCAGUUUGAACCAACUAUGCCAAUCAUGAACACAUCAAAUUUACUUUGGACAAGCAUGGGGAAUUCAACAAUGCAGAAAAUCAUAUUUAACAUGUUGGUUCACAACAAUAAAUCUGUGAAAUCAGCAGAAUGGCUUAUUUGCAACUCAACAUAUGACCUUGAACCAGGAGCCUUCAAAUUAGCACCAGAGAUAAUGCCUAUAGGUCCACUUUUGUCAAUCAACUCUCUCGAAUCAAGCACGUUGCCUCUUGAAGCAGAACCCCGUAUUUCUUCUAAAGAAUCUCCUAAUUCACUAGCCGGAUCCUUCUGGCCUGAGGACUCAACUUGCCUAAACUGGCUUGAUCAACAACCAUUAUGCUCAGUUGUGUAUGUAGCCUUUGGGAGCUUCACAAUAUUCAAUGAAACUCAGUUUCAAGAAUUGGCAUUAGGGCUUGAACUAUCAAACAAACCAUUCUUAUGGGUUGUGAGAACUAAUACUCUAGAUGCUAAAACUGAUAUUUUCUUGAAAAAAAUUGUAGAUAAAAUAGGGAGGCAAAAAGGGAAAAUAGUGAGUUGGGCACCACAACAAAAGGUUUUAAGUCAUUCUAGUAUAGGUUGUUUUGUUAGUCAUUGUGGUUGGAAUUCUACAAUAGAAGCAAUAAGUAAUGGUGUUCCAAUCUUGUGUUGGCCUUAUUUUGCUGACCAAUUUAUGAACCAAAGUUAUAUUUGUGAUAUAUGGAAAGUUGGAUUAGGACUAAAGAAAGGGGAAAAUGGGAUUAUUAGUUGUGGAGAAAUUAAGGAUAAAGUGGAACAAUUGCUAGGUAAUGAUGUAUUCAAGAAAAGAGCUUUGCAAAUCAAGGAAAUGAAUAUGAGCUCAGUGAAAGAAGGUGGAAAGUCUCACCAGAAUUUGAUAAAUUUUAUUGAAUGGAUUAAAUCAUCAUAGGAAAUUGAAGGAAGAUUUGUGUGUUUCUGCUUAAAUUCAUGUAUUUUUUAUGCU